CCGGCUACACAACGUUAUAAAGACACGCGUAAGAUGUCAGGGGCCCACGAGCAAACCAGGAAGCGCCGCCCCCCAAAAAUGUUCUUGCUCUCGACAGACCUGAAGGUCCAGGACCAGCUGGAAGGUACCAUUCGGCUUCUGCGGGGGUACAUAUGCCUGGAGCAAGAUUCGGGCAAGAACAGAGGUGACGCCCCUUGGUUCAAGGUGUUAGACAAUGACAUCAUGUUGAAAAUAGAGAGGAAGUUUCUGCUUGAAGUCCCAACUGACCUUAACGGCCUGUUGGAGCCUGUAUCUGACCCAGAGACUCGCCUAAAACUUCUGAGCAAUCCCGGGAAGCUGCAGCAUUUUGCUACUUUGCCUGUCGAUUGUCCGCUGUGGGUCCAAAUAGGCCAACAUGACGAGCUCGCGGAGGCAGAUCUUAAAUACAUUGGACCGCUCACCAGAGGGAGCAGCGCUGUGCUUUUUGGGGUACAGCUCAAGGGUUCAGCAGUAGGUAGAGGAGUGAGCAACGGCUCCUUUAAGGGCCACCGUCUCUUCAGCUGCCCCGAAGCCUGCGCCCUCUUCGUCCCGGUCAGCCACAUCAGGCUCCGCCAAUGGCCUAGCAACAAUGGCUCCGACGCACACGAGCGACCCCGCGAGCGAGUCCACCGCAGCAGCAGCAACGGGCAUCAGAGCAACGAUGACCGCCAUCCUCAUCAGCAGCAGCACAGUCAUCACAUUAGUUUCCACCAGCAUCGUCCCAGCAGCCCUCCUCAGCUGCACGCCUUGGGCAUCGUCCCUCGGACGGCGGAGUCGGCGCCCCUCACAGCUAAAAACCAGGUCCAGGUCCGAUGCCCUGCGUCGCCGCCGCCAUUCCACAUUGGCCAGCGGGUGUGUUUUCCCCUGGAAGACAAUGUCUAUGGGGGGGAGGUGCGCUACUGUGGUCUCCUGCCCGGCCGGUCCUCGUCAGGGAUGUACGUCGGAGUCCUGCUGGACGUUCCUGUUGGUAACUGGGACGGGCAUUGUAAGGGAGAGAAGCUCUGCCACAUUCCUUCCCCCCUCUAUGGACUACUUCUGCCAAUCACCAAGGUUUCCUCAGAGACGAAAUCCCAACGUCACAACCCUCCACACCAAGUUACCAAAUCCAUCCUGAAGCCAGCACUGCCCCCUGUCACUAAACCAGGUCCUGUGCCCCCAUCUGCCUCUGCUCCCAAGGUUGCCCUGAUGCCCCCCAGCAAACAACAACUUAAACCUCCACCACUGCCGCCACCCAAACCCACCCAAAAGGCCCUGCCUCCACCACCUCUUCCCCCUCCCGCACCCCGCAGCCCUACGUCGCCGACCGCCACCGACCAGCAGCAGCACCUCAACGGGAUACCUGACCCACCCGACGGUGUAGCUGAGGAGGAGAAGGGGGAAGCAGGACUGGAGGGCGAGCUGGAGGUGGGGUCAAUGGUUGAAGUGAACGACCCGCCGCUUUUUGGGGUUAUUCGCUGGAUUGGACGGAUCGGUGGGAUUUCAGAGCCAGUAGCAGGAAUUGAGCUGGACCAGGAGCUGUCUGCAGGUACAGAUGGCAGUUACCUCGGUGAGCGUCACUUCCGUUGCCCGGCCAACAAGGGGCUGUUUGUCAAGCUUCGCAACUGCAGACGGGACUCCAGGUUUCCCGCCCCUGAGGCACCUGUCAAUCAAGUGGAGCGAUGCAACUCUAUAGCCUUUGCAGAGUGGGGCAGUGAGCGUGUGGAGGAUAACACUCCUCCUGUGGACGGGGACGAGGCCACUCAGUUCUACCAGGGCUGGAAGAGAGGCAUCCAGGGUCACCUCAACUCCUGCUACCUGGACGCUACGCUGUUCAGUCUGUUCUCCUGCUGCAGUUCAGCAGACUGGGUGUUGUUUUGGCCCUCUGACCCUGAAACUCACAAAGACUCCAGUCAGGCUCAGGACCUGCUGCGUUGUGAGAUAGUCAACCCCCUGCGAAGGUAUGGCUAUGUGUGUGCCAGUAAGACCAUGGCCUUAAGACGACUUCUGGAGGCUGCGAACAGAGACACAGGUUUCACCAACCAGGAGAAAGAUCCUGAAGAGUUCCUCAACAAGCUUUUCCAGCUCCUCCGAGUCGAGCCGCUCCUCAAGAUCAGAUCGAUGACUCAGCGGCCUCAGGAGUGUCACCUCUACCAACUCUUCCCGCCUACGCUUCCUCCCUCCUCGCCCUCGACCGUCUCGCCAGUUGACUCCCCCAUCCCUCUCACCUCGCCUUCGCCCAGUCGGAUGCGGGUCGCAAGCGUCCAGCAGCUGCUGGAGUCCUCCUUCCUCCACGCCGGCCUCAAGUUUGUCGAGACUCCCUCCUGCCUCUUACUGCUCAUGCCUCGGUUCGGAAAGGAGUUCAAAAUGUUUGACGCCAUCUUGCCCACCCUCAGCCUGGACAUCACAGACCUGCUGGAUGACACUCUGAGACAGUGCAGUAUCUGUCAGGCUGUAGCUGAGUGGGAGUGUCUCCAGUGUUAUGAAGACCCAGAUAUCACUCCCGGUCAUCUCAAACAGUACUGCCAGACCUGCAACACACAGGUCCACAGUCACAGGAAGCGGACGUCCCACGGCCCGGUGAAGAUUGCUGUCCCCGGGGGAACGUGGACCGGCCCUUUGCACUGCACCCGCCGACGAAUGUCUCUCUUUGCCGUAACGUGCAUCGAAACCAGCCAUUACGUGAGCUUCGUCAAGCACGGGCCCCUCCCCACCGACUGGCUGUUCUUUGACAGUAUGGCAGACCGGGAAGGUGGCGAGAACGGCUUCAACAUUCCCCGGGUGAAGGCGUGUCCAGAGGUGGGCCGCUACCUCAGCCUAUCAGAGGAUGCGUUGAGCAGAGUUGACCCCAUCUCCUUACGGGAGUCCGCCCGCCGUCUGCUGUGUGACUCCUACAUGUGUCUGUACCACAGCCCCGAGCUCAGCCUGUACAAGUGACCCAACGCACACAGACGUGAGCGUGGAACAAGAUGCUGUCAAACUGAUGCUAACAUAUUAUACUCAGGCUUAGUCUUAUCUUAACCGUCAAAUGACGUCCAAAUUAGUAACUUUUGGGUAAUGAUAAUCAAAGCCCCUGUUACUUUAUCCAGUAGAAUAUGAAAUGUUCAUUAACACCGAUUUUCUUUUUGGCCCUGUUCAUACUUUGCAGUAAAAUGCAUCAGUUUGUGCCUAAAUAGUCGGGAGUUUUCCCGACUCUAUUUCCUAAUCCAAACAAUGAUGACACAUGUACAUAAUCAAUUUGUACAAUUUGUACAAUGUGAACUAAACUUUAAGAAUCUUGUCAUCAAUUCCUUAUAUUUAAUGUUACUUUGUAUUAAUUUGAGUUAAAAAAAAAAAAAGACCAACGAGAUAUGUCAUUUCCAGCUUCUUAGAUAGAAAACCGCUGUGACUUUGAAACUGGAUACCAUUUUUUUUUUUUGUAAAGCAGGCGGGACAUUUUUUCAUCCGGAUGGUUAAAAGACUCUUUUAGAGAAUUCUGUUAAGACGUUCAGAACUGCAAAAGUGUAUUUAAAUAACAUUCUGGGUUUCAAAGAUUGCAGAGUAUUUAUUUUACAGCAAAUUGGAUGCUUGGCUUUUUCUGAAUCGGGUCUCAUUCGAGAUGCAUUUGAGAGCUUUUCUACUGCAAUUUGGCCUGGAUCUACUGUAGGUCAUAUCUAGUUAUACUAUCUGCUUGAAAAAGGAAAGAACAGGGCCUCAGAACUACAGUACAUGUAAGCUAAUUAAAUAUCAGCAGUAUGAUCUAAUGUGACUAAUGCACAAACAGCCUGUAGUACCCGUUUACACUCAUGAACUUGAUAGUAAAUGAGUCUGAUGGGUGGCAGUACUAGUCUUCACACCUGAGUUUACCUGUGUCUUUAUACUGCUCUCACUGUACAGAACAUCUGUGCCUGUAACUUAUAACACAUGUACACUUUACAAUUCAAUUUGCACUGCUUCAUUUACAUGUCAGUAUGUGUGUAUAUAAUAGCAUUGCCUUCAACUGACUGUAACGAUUGCACACGGAUGCUUAAACGUUUUUAUUGUUUCCAGGUUGUUAAAUAUAAUACAGCAAACAAUGGAGAAACAGUCCUGACUAAUAAAUGAUACUCUUCUA